CGCUCACAAGUCAGAACACUUUUGCCCUCUCCCUUCCUGCUCCGCACCUUAUCCCCAAAACCCUAUCAACCCAAAGCCCCCAAUCGAACCCCUCCUCUCCCUCCCCAUGGCAGCCACGCUCUUCUCCACCUCCCUCUCGCCCCAGUUCCUCUCCCUCUCCGCCAAGCCCACCCCCGCAACCCCGUCCGCCACCGCGGCCUUCCCCUCGAGGGCGCCGCAGCUCCGCGCGCUCUCCGUGGCGGCGGCCUGGAGGCCGCUCGCGCCCGUGCGCGCGGCCGCGGCCGUGGCGGAGGAGCUCGAGGCGGAGGGGCAGGCCGGCGGGGAGGAGGAGUUCUCCGCGGAUCUCAGGAUCUUCGUCGGCAACCUGCCCUUCAGCGUCGACAGCGCCCAGCUCGCGGGACUCUUCGAGCAGGCUGGCUCCGUCGAGAUGGUCGAGGUCAUCUAUGACAAAUUGACCGGAAGAAGCCGAGGAUUCGGGUUUGUGACAAUGUCUUCUGUGGAAGAAGUUGAGGCGGCUGUUGAGCAAUUCAAUGGCUAUGUGCUUGAUGGAAGAAGUUUGAGGGUGAAUUCAGGCCCAGCACCACCCAGGGAGCAGUCCUCACCAAGAGGGCCCAGGGGCGAAGCCAACAGGGUCUAUGUGGGCAACCUUUCAUGGGGUGUUGACAACUCAGCUCUCGCUAACCUGUUCAACAAGCAAGGUGAGGUCCUGGAAGCCAGGGUCAUCUACGACAGGGAGAGUGGGAGGUCAAGGGGGUUUGGUUUUGUGACAUAUGGCUCCUCCGAAGAGGUGGAGAAUGCGAUAUCGAAUCUUGAUGGCACUGAAUUGGAUGGCAGACAGAUCCGUGUCACUGUAGCCGAGUCGAGACCGCCUAGGCAACAAUACUGAAGUUCCACUUCAGAAACCACUCAGAAUGGAUUAUAGUAUGGACUGGACUAUAGUUUCGCCAGUCUUAUUCUUCAGGAUCGUUAGCUGUAGUAUUAUCCCCACCAACCAUACAUGAUUCGGUCUUGACCUUCACUGAGCUUAUAAAGUUCUCAUGUAUAUGGUUCAAUACGCUUACGCGUACUUGUAACAGCAGAUUUCCAUGCUCGAUAGCCCUUUAUACUGCAUUGGCUGCAUUAUACGGUGUCU